AUGACUAGGAGCGGGACGCUCUUCGGAGACUCAUCCGCAGGCGGGGCGCUCUUCGGAGACUCAGCCACAGGCGGGGCGCUCUGCAGAGACUCAACCGCAGGCGGGGUGCUCUUCGGAGACUCAACCGCAGGUGGAGUGCUCUUCGGAGACUCAACCGCAGGUGGGGUGCUCUUCGGAGACUCAACUGCAGGCGGGACGCUCUUCGGAGACUCAACCGCAGGCGGGACGCUCUUCGGAGACUCAACCGCAGGCGGGACGCUCUUCGGAGACUCAACCGCAGGCGGGACGCUUUUCGGACACUCAACCACAGGCGGGACGCUCUUCGGAGACUCAACUGCAGGCGGGACGCUCUUCGGAGACUCAACCGCAUGCGAGGCGCUCUUCGGAGACUCAACCGCAGGCGGGGCGCUCUUCAGAGACUCAACCGCAGGCGGGACGCUCUUCGGAGACUCAACCGCAGGCGGGGCGCUCUUCAGAGACUCAACCGCAGGCGGGACGCUCUUCGGAGACUCAACUGCAGGCGGGGUGCUCUUCGGAGACUCAACCGCAGGCGCGACGCUCUUCGGAGACUCAACCGCAGGCGGGACGCUCUUCGGAGACUCAACCACAGGCGAGGCGCUCUUCGGAGACUCAACCGCAGGUGGGGCACUCUUCGGAGACUCAACCGCAGGCGGGACACUCUUCAGAGACUCAACCGCAGGCGAGGCGCUCUUCGGAGACUCAGCCACAGGCGGGGCGCUCUGCAGAGACUCAACCGCAGGCGGGGUGCUCUUCGGAGACUCAACCGCAGGUGGGGUGCUCUUCGGAGACUCAACCGCAGGUGGGGUGCUCUUCGGAGACUCAACCGCAGGUGGGGUGCUCUUCGGAGACUCAACCGCAGGCGAGGCGCUCUUCGGAGACUCAACCACAGGCGGGGUGCUCUUCGGAGACUCAACCGCAGGUGGGGCGCUCUUCGGAGACUCAACCGCAGGCGAGGCGCUCUUUGGAGACUCAAUAACAGGCGGGGUGCUCUUCGGAGACUCAACCGCAGAUGGGGCGCUCUUCGGAGACUCAACCGCAGGCGUGACGCUCUUCGGAGACUCAACCGCAGGCGGGGCACUCUUCGGAGACUCAACCGCAGGCGAGGCGCUCUUCGGAGGCUCAACCGCAGGCGAGGCGCUCUUCGGAGACUCAACCGCAGGCGAGGCGCUCUUCGGAGACUCAACCGCAGGCGAGGCGCUCUUCGGAGACUCAACCGCAGGCGGGGCGCUCUUCGGAGACUCAACUGCAGGCGGGGGGCUCUUCGGAGACUCAACCGCAGGCGGGGCGCUCUUCGGAGACUCAACCGCAGGCGGGGCACACUUCGGAGACUCAACCCCAAGCGUGGUGCUCUUCGGAGACUCAACUGCAGGCGGGGCGCUCUUCAGAGAUUCAACCACAAGCGGGGCGCUCUUCGGAGACUCAACCACAAGCGGGGUGCUCUUCGGAGACUCAACCGCAGGCGGGACGCUCUUCAGAGACUCAACCACAAGCGGGGCGCUCUUCGGAGACUCAACUGCAGGCGGGGCGCUCUUCAGAGACUCAACUGCAGGCGGGGCGCUCUUCAGAGACUCAACCACAAGCGGGGCGCUCUUUGGAGACUCAACUGCAGGCGGGGCGCUCUUCAGAGACUCAACUGCAGGCGGGGCGCUCUUCAGAGACUCAACCACAAGCGGGGCGCUCUUUGGAGACUCAACUGCAGGCGGGGCGCUCUUCAGAGACUCAACUGCAGGCGGGCGCGCUCUUCAGAGACUCAACCACAAGCGGGGCGCUCUUUGGAGACUCAACUGCAGGCGGGGCGCUCUUCAGAGAGCGGGGCACUCAACUGCAGGCGGGGCGCUCUUCGGAGACUCAACCUCAAGCGGGGCGCUCUUUGGAGACUCAACUGCAGGCGGGGCGCUCUUCAGAGACUCAACUGCAGGCGGGGCGCUCUUCAGACACCCCCACAAGCGGGGCGCUCUUCAGACAACUGCAAGCGGGGCGCUCUUUGGAGACUCAACUGCAAGCAAGGCGCUCUUCAGAGACUCUACCACAAGCGGGGCGCUCUUUGGAGACACAACCGCAGGUGGGGCGCUCUUCGAAGACACAACCGGAAAUGGGGUGCUCUUCGGAGACACAACCGCAGGCGGGGUGCUCUUCAGAGACACAACCGCAAGUGGGGUGCUCUUCAGAGACACAACCGCAAGUGGGGUGCUCUUCGGAGACACAACCGCAAAUGGGGUGCUCUUCGAAGACACAACCGCAAAUGGGGUGCUCUUCGAAGACUCGACCACAGGCGGGGCGCUCUUCGAAGACUCGACUGCAGGCGGGGCGCUCUUCAGAGACUCAACCACAGGCGCGGCGCUCUUUGGAGACUUGACUGCAGGCAGGGCGCUCUUUGGAGACUCGACCACAGGCGGGGCGCUCUUCAAAGACUCGACCGCAGGCAAGGCGCUCUUCGAAGACUCGACCGCAGGCAGGGCGCUCUUCGAAGACUCGACCGCAGACGGCGCGCUCUUUGGAGACUCGACCGCAGGCGGGGCGCUCUUCAAAGACACAACCGCAGACGGGGCGCUCUUCAAAGACUCAACCACAGCGGGGCGCUCUUCGGAGACAACCGCAAGCGAGGCGCUCUUCGGAGACACAUCCCCAAGCGGGGCGCUCUUCGAAGACAACCGCAAGCGAGGCGCUCUUCGGAGACACAUCCCCAAGCGGGGGCGCUCUUCGGAGACAACCGCAAGCGGGGCGCUCUUCGGAGACAACCGCAAGCGAGGCGCUCUUCGGAGACACAUCCCCAAGCGGGGGCGCUCUUCGGAGACAACCGCAAGCGGGGCGCUCUUCGGAGACAACCGCAAGCGGGGCGCUCUUCGGAGACAACCGCAAGCGGGGCGCUCUUCGGAGACAACCGCAAGCGAGGCGCUCUUCGGAGACACAUCCCCAAGCGAGGCGCUCUUCGGAGACACAUCCCCAAGCGGGGCGCUCUUCGGAGACACAUCCCCAAGCGGGGCGCUCUUCGGAGACACAUCCCCAAGUGGGGCGCUCUUCGGAGACAACCGCAAGCGAGGUGCUCUUCGGAGACACAACUGCAAGCAAGGGCGCUCUUCAGAGACAAAUAAAGACAAGAUGGGAAAGUCACUUGAGAAGGCCAAAGAAACAUCUCACGAAAACAGGGCCCCACCUCCGGGGGGCCCUCAGCCCCACCUCCGGGGGGCCCUCAGCCCCACCUCCGGGGGGCCCUCAGCCCCACCUCCGGGGGCCCUCAGCCCCACCUCCGGGGGGCCUCUACCCUACCUCCGGGGGCCCUCGGCCCCACCUCCGGGGGCUCUCGGCCCCACCUCCGGGGGCCCUCGGCCCCACCUCCGGGGGCCCUCAGCCCCACUUCCGGGGGCCCUCAGCCCCACCUCCGGGGGCCCUCAGCCCCACCUCCGGGGGCCCUCAGCCCCACCUCCGGGGGCCCUCAGCCCCACCUCCAGGGGCUCUCGGCCCCACCUCCGGGGGCCUCAGCCCACCUCCGGGGGCCCUCAGCCCCACCUCCGGGGGCCCUCAGCCCCACCUCCGGGGGCCCUCAGCCCCACCUCCGGGGGCCUCUGCCCCACCUCCGGGGGCCCUCAGCCCCACCUCCGGGGGCCCUCAGCCCCACCUCCGGGGGCCCUCAGCCCCACCUCCGGGGGCCCUCUGCCCCACCUCCGGGGGCCCUCAGCCCCACCUCCGGGGGCCCUCAGCCCCACCUCCGGGGGCCCUCAGCCCCACCUCCGGGGGCCCUCAGCCCCACCUCCGGGAGCCCUCAGCCCCACCUCCGGGGGCCCUCAGCCCCACCUCCGGGGGCCCUCAGCCCCACCUCCGGGGGCCCUCAGCCCCACCUCCGGGGGCCCUCAGCCCCACCUCCGGGGGCCCUCAGCCCCACCUCCGGGGGCUUAA